GUUAAAAUUUUGCAAUUACACGUGUGGAUCUUCAGAGAUGGUUAAAUGCAUGAACAGCCCUUAUGGGAUGGUGUUUUUCUGCAUUCCCAAUGGGACAAGUUGCCCAAAAGGUAUUGGGUGGCAAUUUGAAGGUAUUGAUGGCAAUGGUAUGGUUGUGAUAAAAAAAAGUAUUUGUCCAGAAGGCUACUACCAAGUUGAACCAUCUAAAUGUCACAAUGCCUGUAGGACCAAGCAUGAAUUACUGGAAAUGAUUCCAGAAGGGUUUAAAGUCGUGUUAAAAGGAAACCAUAUCCGUCAAACUCUGCUGAUGUGUGACUACAAAGCAGGAUACUUUAAUGCUGACAACAAAUCAUUUGUCAAUUAUGAUGACAAUUUUUUAGGUCAUCUUGAUUUCUGCACACAUAUCAACCACUCUAACCCUUGCUCCAGUGGACAAAUGCCCUUAUACAAUGGGACCUGUGUGGAACCAUGUAGACCAGGGUAUGAAAGAGACGAAACUGACUUCUUAUGUAAACAAGUUGGUUAUAUUGUGACAUCUGACAAAGAUACUCAGUUGGGACAACCUACAACUUCAAGACCUACUGUGAAACCAGAACCUAAAACAACAACGACAGAUAAUGGUCAUGAAGAUGACAAAGAUAAAGGCAGAGGGAUAAAUGGAAAAUCUGAAAAUUCUAAUGUAUUACCUUGGUACAUGUAUUUUAUAAUAGUUUUGGUAAUUGUUGCAGGUAUUACCAUUAUUGCAUUGGUCACUGCAUUGGUCAUCAAAAUAUGUUGCCCACAGAGAUGUCAAGGAAAACAUAAAGGACCCUCAUGUACUUACCAGGCUGUGUUCAGAGAAUGUACCGACCAAAGUGGUUCUGACUUGUCAACUGCCAGCUAUACUGAAGGUGGUCGAAGCACCACAGAUGAAAGUACAGUGGAUGUGAAUGAGACCCCAGAUGCUGCACAGGGAACUACAAAAAUGGAGAUUUCACCCAGUUCUGAGUCGAUAAAGG